AUGGAAAUCCCGCAGAGACAACUGACGAGAGAAGAGAUAAAUCGGUGUUAUUUAAGAUGGCAACAACUGCGCAAUGAGCACGGAGAAAAUGCCUCCACCGUUCCUGAGUUUAUAUAUUUUACUAAGGUUCUUCGGGUUGCUGCCAAACAACAGCAGCAGCAGCAACAGCAGCAGCAGCAACAGCAGCAGCAGCAGCAGCAGCAACAACCACAACAGCAGCAACCACAACAGCAGCAACCACCACAACAUCAAUCAGAACCGCAGACGAUAGAACAAUCAAUCCAGAGCCCAAACGUACCGCCUAAUCCUAAUCAUCCUGGUCAAGGAGUCUCUGAAGCACAGCGUAAUACACCAACACAGGCAUCGCCUUCGCACUGGCCGUCGGGCGCCCAGCAACCAGAAUCAGCGCAGCAAGUACCACAACAACACCACCAUCAGCAACAACUACAGCAGCAACAGCAGUUACCGCCCCAACAACAACAAAACAUACCUCCAAGGUAUUCCAAUGGCUCACUCAACUCUGGUAUGCAGAAUGGCAAUGCACAAAGUCCUGUGGCUCAGCCAUCUUCAGGUCCAGCACCCUCUAAUUCAUCAAGUAAUCUUGGACCUCAAGGACAGACACUUUUCACAACUGAACAAUCGGAGCUCCUCAAGGCUCAGAUCACCUCCUUACGGUACCUCUUGAGCAGGCAGCCUGUGCCACACGAAGCGCAAGAAGUGAUACAGCAAUCACUAAAUAACCCUCCAAACUUCAAGCAGAUGCUUCUGGAACUUAGCGAGACUGUCAAACAACGCCAGACCACUCAACAACAUGUUGCAAGCCCAUCGAGGCCCAAUAGUAUGCUGAACUCGAACUCCGCGACUCAACAGUCGUUCUCAAACGUGAACCAGCCACAGGUGCAACAACAGUCUCCUGUUCAGGUUCCUCAACAGUUUCCCGCUCAAGCUCCAGUGCAGGCUCCAGUGCAGGCUCCAGUGCAAGCUCCAGUGCAGGCUCCAGUGCAGGCUCCAGUGCAGGCUCCAGUGCAGGCUUCAAUUCGAGCGUCCCCACAAGUUUAUCAAGAACAAAUGCGGCCUUAUGGCUCAGAGACCCAUGAAUCCGAUGGACGUGUACCAGUUACUGCGGCCAAGUCACUCUCAUAUAACGGCGAUCUAAACGCACCACCUCCAAAAGCAGAAGAAGAAAUCACUAGCAUCACUAGUCGCAAAUCGAUUCCUCAGAAUGAUGAAAAUAACGUGAAGACUCAACCUGAAAAGGAAGACACAAUCAAGGUUCCCAUUCCUCUGGAAGAAUAUCGUACGCUGAACCCUGAGAUUGAGAAAAUUGUGAAUAUCAAUGCUUCAGAUAUUGUGGAUUGCUACACGCUCCCUCCGCCGAUAGAUGAGCCCAUCCAUUACCACCAGCUCUUUCCGACUAAAGCACACCCACUGCCCCUUUUGAGGCCAGGUACCCUGCCCCCAGGUAUUGAUGUCCACUGUGCAAUGGAAGUUUACCAAACAUUAAUUGCGCUGGAUAUUGAUACUGCUGUGGAUUCUUGUCUGACAGAUUUAUUGAACGACGAGACAUCCUUGGCUUCCAAAGAAUCGGCUAGAAAUGACUACUAUUCGCUUCAGCUAUUACCGCUACAAAAGGCUGUCAGAGGUCAUGUUUUGCAAUUUGAAUGGUACCAAAAAGCGCUUUUAACCAACACACAUCCAAACUUUCUGUCAAAAAUAAGAAGGGUCAACUUACAAGAUGCAUUGCUAACGGACGAGUUGUAUAAGAGACACGAGGUUUUACAAAGCCAGCGUCGCAAGCACGAGCAUAUCACUAAAUUGAAAAGCAUCGCAGACAGUUCUAUCGCGUGCUACACCAAUAGACUCAGCCGCCGGACGCAAAGAGUUAAGUAUGGCCACCGUUUAGUGUCGCUGCAUACUAACAUCGAAAAGGAGGAGCAGAAACGAGUUGAAAGAAAUGCUAAGCAGCGUUUGCAAGCGCUGAAGGCAAAUGAUGAAGAAGCCUAUAUCAAGCUGUUGGAUCAAACCAAAGAUACCAGAAUUACGCAUUUGCUAAAACAAACCAAUGCAUUUUUGGACUCUUUAACAAAGGCUGUUAAAGACCAGCAACAAUACACUAAGGAAAAAAUCGAUUCGCACCUCAAAGUUGAAGAAGAUAUCGCAGUUGAUGAUCCCGACGCCAUUAGCUCGUUGCCAGACGUUCAGGAUGAAGAUGAACGGCGGAACAUCGAUUAUUAUAACGUAGCACAUCGCAUCAAGGAGGAAGUUAAAGUUCAGCCAUCAAUUCUUGUGGGAGGAACUUUGAAAGAGUAUCAACUGAAAGGUUUACAAUGGAUGGUUUCGCUGUACAACAAUCACUUGAAUGGGAUUCUUGCCGAUGAGAUGGGUUUGGGAAAAACAAUUCAAACUAUUUCGCUAUUGACGUACCUCUAUGAAGUCAAAAAUGUACGAGGUCCCUCUCUAGUCAUUGUACCACUGUCCACUCUUACAAACUGGGACUCGGAGUUUGAGAAAUGGGCACCAGUCAUAAGAAUGGUAGCAUAUAAGGGUACUCCCAAUGAGAGGAAAUCCAAGCAGGGCAUCAUUCGUUCUGGCCAAUUUGAUGUGGUAUUAACAACUUUCGAGUACAUCAUCAAGGAAAGAAGUUUGCUCUCGAAGAUUAAAUGGGUGCACAUGAUUAUCGAUGAAGGACAUCGUAUGAAAAAUGCGCAGUCGAAGUUAUCACUGACAUUGAACAAUUACUAUCACACAGAUUACCGUCUAAUUUUGACUGGUACCCCUUUGCAAAAUAAUCUACCGGAACUUUGGGCCUUGUUGAAUUUUGUUUUACCUAAAAUUUUCAACUCUGUAAAGUCGUUUGAUGAGUGGUUCAACACACCAUUCGCAAAUACCGGUGGUCAAGAUAAGAUAGCAUUGAGUGAAGAAGAGACGCUUCUGGUGAUCCGAAGAUUGCACAAGGUAUUACGUCCUUUUUUGCUGCGGAGACUGAAGAAAGAUGUCGAAAAGGAACUUCCCGAUAAAAUCGAAAAAGUUCUCAAAUGCAAGAUGAGUGGGUUGCAACAAAAGUUGUACGAAUUGAUGCUGAAGCACCGUCGUUUGUUUUCGGGUGAUAUCACGGGCAACAACAAAACCGUCACUUUACGCGGUUUCAAUAACCAAAUCAUGCAACUGAAGAAAAUUUGCAAUCACCCGUUUGUUUUUGAAGAAGUUGAAGAUCAAAUUAAUCCUACUAGGGAAACUAAUUCCAAUAUAUGGCGUGUUGCAGGGAAAUUCGAGUUACUAGAAAGAAUCUUACCGAAAUUCAAGGCGACAAACCAUCGAAUUUUGAUUUUUUUUCAAAUGACUCAGAUCAUGGAUAUAAUGGAAGAUUUCCUCAGGUUGUUGGGUUUAAAAUACUUACGUCUGGAUGGUCAUACUAAAUCUGACGAUCGUAGUAUGCUUUUGCGACUUUUCAAUGAACCUAACUCUGAGUAUUUCUGUUUCCUUUUAUCCACUAGGGCUGGUGGGCUUGGAUUGAAUUUACAAACCGCAGACACAGUUAUCAUUUUCGAUACGGAUUGGAACCCACAUCAAGAUUUACAAGCGCAAGACAGAGCGCACAGAAUUGGGCAAAAAAAUGAGGUUAGAAUUCUCAGACUAAUUACAGAGAACUCAGUCGAAGAAGUUAUUCUAGAUCGUGCUCACAAAAAGUUGGACAUUGACGGAAAAGUUAUUCAAGCAGGUAAGUUUGACAACAAGUCCACGGCGGAAGAACAGGAAGCUCUAUUGAGAUCUUUACUGGAAGCUGAAGAAAACUUGAAGAAGAAGCGCGAGCUAGGACUUGAAGAAGACGAACAGAUUGACGACAAUGAAUUGAAUGAAAUUUUGGCUCGAAACGAGGAAGAGCUUAAGAUAUUUGCAGACAUUGACGAAGAGCGCAGUCGCAAACAUUUGGAAAAUGGGAUAACGACUACUCUGAUGGAAACGGCGGAAUUACCUAACAUCUACCAUCAGGAUAUAGAAGCCGAGCUUAAGAAGGAAGACGAGGAUGAAGUGCUGGCGGGUGGCAGGGGUUCUCGAGAAAGAAAAACAGCACUUUACGAUGACGAGGUUAGUGAAGAGCAGUGGCUAAAACAAUUUGAAGUCAGUGAUCAUGAGGAUGACGAUCAGGCUGAGAAUGACAUGGCGGCUGAUAGAAAGCGUAGCGCUAGCGAAGUUUCCACUCAGAACAAAAAAGCUAAGUUGGAAACAGAAGAACCUGAAAAUUUGGAUGAAAAGUCACCUGCGGAAGCUAUGGAGCGUGGAGAUACACCAACAGCGCUUCCUACAACUGGACAGAAAUUCACCGCAUCAAAUUUUGACGUCAAACCCAAGCCGCGCGGUAGGGGUCGUCCACCACGGUCCAUGGACAAAAAAACUGGGAAUCCUUACAUUCGGGACGGAUCUCUCUUGACUCUAUCCGAGGAUGAAAGAACCCGCGUUGCUCAAGAAGCACGGAGUCUGUUUGACUAUGCAAUCAAAUACGAAGACGAAGAUGAGAGACGAUUAGCAGAUAUUUUUCUGGUAAAACCCUCGAAAAAAUUGUAUCCAGACUACUACAAGCUGAUCCGGUACCCUGUUGCAUUCGAGAAUAUCAUGACUCAUAUAGAAUCAAAAGCUUAUGGGACAUUGAAAAAUGCUCUAGAGGACUUUCAUCUGAUUUUUGCCAAUGCAAGAAUUUACAACACCGAGGAAUCUUUGAUUUAUCUCGAUUCUUUGGAGUUAGAAAAGGCCAUAAUUGAGAAAUACAAGGAAAUGACAGGAACUACAGACGAAGUGGAUUUCACCGAAUUUGACGAAAAAUUCGCAACUGGACCACUAAAGACUCAACUACCUUCUGGUUUAAGUUAG